AUGACCUCUUUGAGAAAGGUUCUUUAUCUUGGAGUCUACAUGGCUUCUUGGAUGAUCGUUAUUGCAGUCGAAGACUCACCCAGAGCAGAGAACGUACGUUGGGUGUCUCUGGAUUUUAAAACCCUUCUGAAAUGGACCGCAGCGCCAUCAAAGUACACAUUUACUGUCCAAUUCACUUGGGAACACAGCGAUCAGUGGAUGAAAAGUCCCAACUGCAUCCAAAUAACGGAGACCGAGUGCGAUCUGUCCAACGAACUUCAACCCCGCAACAGGGAGUAUACAGCUGACAUCCUAACCGAAUCAGACGAUGACGUUGACUAUGGUCUGGACGAGUUUCCUCACACUUUGUCGCCAUCCUUCAACCCCUAUCAACAGAGUGAGAUCAGUGCUCCGGAAUUCACAGUGGAGGUGGUGGAAGAGGGCAAAGCCAGUGUGACCAUUGAAGAUCCGCUAACCAGUUUCCAUAAGAAUGAAAAUCAACUCAGCAUUCGGGAUAUUCUGAAGAAUGACCUCCAGUACAAGAUCAGCUAUUACAAGUCUGGAAGUACAGGAAAACGUGACAUCAUCACCAAGUCCAAUAGAGGAGAAGUGGCAGGGUUGGAUGCCGGUCAGAGUUACUGCUUCAUGGUGGCGGCUUACAUCCCAUCAAGAUCCAAACCCUACCAACAAGGAGCCUGGAGCAUCCAGCAGUGCACUCCUGGACAGACCAACGUCUUCCAAGAACUGAGUCUUGGAGCUUUGGUCGGCGGACUUUUCAUCCUGGUAAUUGUCCUAAUAACCAUCAUCACGGUGACCGUUCUAUGCUGCAAACGAAGAAACAGAAGCUCACAAACAUAUCAGUCGUCUACUGUUGUUUAA